AUGCAUACUUCUGAAACCAUGUGCUUUCGUAGUGCCAUCAUAUGGUAUCCUGGGGUAUCUUGUCGAAAGCUUUCUCCAUAUCAAGGAAAAUGCAGCUCUCUUCGUUUUUCCUAUACUUCUCCAUCACUAUCCGUACAGUAUGAUGGCGUUAGCAGUACCGGUACCCUUUACAAAUCCGCACUGAUUGGAUGGCAACUCUAUGAUCGCCUGAAGUCGUGUUUCAAGUACUCUUUCAAAGAUCUUCAGUGUGUGGCUUAUCAGCCGGAUUGGCCGAUAAACCACACACUGGCCGUUGAACUCCGAUAUCGCCUUUAUUUUUCCGUCGGAAUUUUUAUGCCGUUUGGACAAUCAUGGGGAUGCUUUUAG